UUCCCAAUUUCUUGCUGUGUAGAGAUAAGCAGAAUAUGAUUGGGAGCCGAGGCGCUGCAAUGAACUUGUUGCUGUUCCCGUUGCCCAUCUAUUGUCCGCUCAUCUUCUUCACUUGGGGCUCGUUCCACAAGAGAGAGCUUCGCUCGGGAGCUGUCAGUUGGAGGGACUUUAAUUGUGUUUGUGGCGUCGACAUUGACACAUGGGGAGCAGCUCCCAGCGAAGAUGCAUCUAAAAUGGAUUCUGAUUCUGGCCUUGGCCUUGCUGGAGGUUCUUUAUCUGGAUGGAGGAGUGGCCGCAGAAUGGAACGGGUAUAUGGAGAUGGCUACAGCAGGCCCUGACCUGGGGCAACAGCUGGCUGCCCACUUGGCUCCUAGUACGCCUCCAGAGGUGCAGGUUGAAGCUGCCAGGGCAGUGAUUCGACGACUGGUUGGCCCGAAGUCUGCCAAGAGGUUUCAAGUGGAGGUGGAUAAGGAUCUGGAGCUGCGUAGUUUCAAGAUCACCAAGCUGGAUAAUGGCCGGAUCCUGUUGACUGGCUGGGAUGGUGUCUGCGCCUGCAAGGCCUUCCACCACUACUUGAAGUACUACCUCAACAAGGACGUCGACUGGUUCAAGAUGCGCAUCGAGCUUCCGGACAACCUGCGGCUGCCCAAUGCUACCGUGGUGUCCAUCUCGGCCAGUCCAAUUAUCUACCACCAGAACGUAUGCACCUGGAGCUAUAGUUUCGCGUGGUGGAGCUUCCAGCAGUGGCGUCGUCAUCUAGACUGGAUGGCUCUGAUGGGAAUCAACCUGUCAAUAGCACCGAUUCAGGAGGCCAUCUGGGUGGAGGUUUAUACGGAGAUGGGUCUUAGCAAGGAGGAGAUUGAUGACCAUCUGGCUGGACCCGCGUUCCAGGCCUGGCAGCGCAUGGGAAAUAUUAGAGGAUGGGCUGGUCCCCUGAAGCCGGAGUGGCGCCAGUUCCAGCUGCUCCUGCAGCAGGAGAUCCUGAGCGCCCAACGCAACCUGGGCAUGAGCGUGGCCUUGCCCGCCUUCGCCGGCCAUGUGCCCAGGGCCUUGAGCCGAUUGCAUCCGAAUACCUCCUUUACGGACGUCCAACGAUGGAACCAGUUUCCCGAUCGCUACUGUUGCGGAUUGUUUGUGGAGCCCACAGAGCCGUUAUUUCAUCAAAUAGCGACCACCUUCCUGCAGAGCGUUGUGACCAUCUAUGGAUCCAAUCACAUCUUCUUCUGCGAUCCCUUUAACGAACUGGAACCACCGGUGGCUAAGCCGGAGUACAUGCGAUCCACAGCGGCUGCCAUUCACAACUCCAUGACGGCUGUGGAUCCGGAGGCCAUUUGGUUACUGCAGGGCUGGAUGUUUGUGAAGAAUCCGUUUUGGACGCCGGACAUGGCGGAGGCCUUCCUCACGGCAGUGCCUCGUGGCAGGAUCCUCGUGCUGGACCUUCAGAGCGAGCAGUUCCCGCAGUACGAGCUCACCCACUCCUACUUUGGCCAGCCGUUCAUCUGGUGCAUGCUGCACAACUUCGGUGGCACCUUGGGCAUGUUUGGAUCGGCCAAGCUGAUUAAUUCCGGGAUCGAGGCGGCACGGAGUAUGCCCAAUAGCAGUAUUGUGGGCACGGGUAUCACUCCCGAGGGAAUUGGCCAGAACUACGUCGUGUACUCCUUGACAUUGGAGCGAGGAUGGAGUCGGAACUCCAUUGAUUUGGAUAGUUGGUUCCGUCACUUCACCGUGACCCGCUACGGAGUCAAGGACGAGAGCCUGGCAAAGGCCUGGUUGCUACUAAAGAACAGUGUUUACUCUUUUCAUGGACUCCAGAAGAUGCGGGGGCAGUACGUGGUGACCAGAAGACCUUCCUUCAACCAUGAUCCCUUUACUUGGUACAAUGCCAGCGAUGUCUUGGAGGCCUGGCACCUGCUACUCUCCGCCAGGGUUAUCAUCCCCUUAGAGGACGACAGAUACGAUGUCUACGAGCAUGAUCUGGUGGACAUAACCCGGCAGUUCCUGCAGAUCACUGCAGAUCAGUUGUACGUGAAUCUCAAGUCGUCCUUCCGAAAGCGUCAGUUGCCGCGUUUCGAGUUCCUCAGCACCAGGCUGCUGCAGUUGUUCGAUGACUUGGAGCUGAUCCUGUCCAGCGGCAGGAAUUUCUUGCUGGGCAACUGGCUGGAGCAGGCCAAGCAAGUGGCGCCCCAUCCCGAAGACCGAAAAAGCUUCGAGUUCAAUGCCAGGAAUCAAAUAACUGCCUGGGGACCGAAUGGCCAGAUACUGGACUACGCGUGCAAGCAGUGGUCGGGACUGGUGAAGGACUACUACAAGCCGCGGUGGUCUCUCUUCUUCGACGACGUGAACGUGGCCCUGCACUCCCAGCGACCCUUCAAUGGCUCCGCCUUCAAGCAAAAGGUCUCCCAAAGAAUCGAACUGCCCUUCAGCAACAAAACGGAUAUCUAUCCUACGGAUCCUGUUGAGAAUGUCUGGUUCAUCUCUCACACGAUCUUUGAGAGGUGGAUGGGCUAUACGAGGGACAGUCUAUAUCUCCACAAUAAUCGGUUGUCGGUUCCUAGGAAGCCGGCUGUUGAAUAAUAUAGUUUUUAAUUCAUAAAAAUAUCUAAUAUCUGACAAAUAAAAAUGUAUUUCAAAGCUCUGAGAGCUAACUUUUUAAAAAUAUUUUUCCAAUUUCUAGGAUUAUAUCUAAACAGUAUUUCCUGAAAUUAAAUCCUAGGAAGUCCUUAAUAAUAAUUUUUAAUUCAUAAUUUCAAUAUAUUUCAAAAUAUCUGAUAAAUAAUAAAAUCAAUUAAGAGCUCUGAGA